GUUGCCGUUGCCGUAGCAAGCAAGCGCCGGUGCCAGCAACCAGCCAGGGAGCGAGCGGAGUGCAGGGAGUGAGACAGACAUUGCCAGUGCGCCGCGAGGCUAGUUGAGUGCAGAGUCGUGUCGUGUUUACACCGAAUCGCGUAUCCGUCUGCGCGAAGACGUUCUCGUGUGAAUUUUGGACGCCUGAGAACCCAUUAAGAUGUCUGAGUGGCACGCUGAGGUGACAACAACUACUCCUGGGAACGCUGAGCCGUUUGUUAUCGUCGAGUUUCUGAGUGAAACGGGGAGCACUGAAAGUGUACCGUUAAAAUGGACCAAAAACAGGAGAAUUGGCGUUGUAGAUGACAAAAAGGCUGUUCUUGGUAAAUGUUACUGGCCACCCAAGAACCUUAGCAGAAAAGUGAGGGCUCUAGCCAUGAAGCAGGUAGCACCAGAAAGAGAUACCUGGCCCAUCUAUGACGUCGAGCUUCUGCAGUAUUGCCCGUCCUACGAGGACAGCCGAAAGAGUCUGAGGUCUUUUUCGGCACAGGAAGAUGAGGGGGUGGGAAGCGACUCUUCGGAUGAUGCACCUCUCAAUGCGCGAAGUGAAAGGGUGAAAAGAUUGAGCAGACGGAAAGAUGGUGGUGAAGGUUCGUCUGAUUCGGACGAACAGACACUGGAUGUUGCACAUUUAAUGUCAAAUCACGGUAAGGGGUCAGAGCAGAGUAGUUUCAGUGGAUUUUCGUAUGCGAUGGAUACCAAUGCCAGUACCAGUGCAUCUGCCGUCGAGAAAGGUGGGAUGAACCACGAUGACAUAGCGAAUGAAUUUUCAUCUGAUGAUGAUGUGCUGCAUCAUGACGGCACGUCAGAAAAUGGAUUUGAUUUUUUGGAAAAUUCCCAAGAGGAAGAAGAGACGCCUAGUACAAGGGUUCAGACACCUACAAGCAUGGGCAGCCGAAGCCCCCGAAAGACGACAAAUGUCACAGGAGAUAAGACAUUAAGCCCUUCAAAGAAAGCAGAUCACAGUACACCACAAAAGACGAGCAACGUAUCUGGGGGGACAUCGAAGAAGGCGAGAGAUGCGGGCAAAAAUACACCACAAAAGAAGAGUGCAACAACUGGAAAACGUGUGGCGACGCCGCUUAAAGCAACACAGACACCGCAAAAGAUGAGUACGACAUCUGGAGAACGUGUCAAGACGCCAUCGAAGGCUAGAGAACCAGGUCGCAGAACUCCCCAGAAGGCAGACAGCACACAUGAUAGGGCCUCUGCUGAAAGAGAAACUCCUAAAAAGUCGGUGGGAAAGACCAAGAUGGUAAGCACUCCCGUGAAGUCGGCACAGAGAAGAUCCAUCGCCCAAGAUGAUGGGGCAUCUGUUGAAAAAGGAGAAGGAGUGUCCAUACCAAAUACUCCCGUCAAGUCAGUGCAGAAAAGGGGCGCCCAGUCUCCUCACCCUUCUCCCAAUCAGGAGAAGCGUUCGAAGAAUGACUAUUUCCCAGGUUUACGACGACAGAGCCGGAUGACUUCGUUCGUAAAUACUGUGUCUGAGAGGGAACUGGCUGACAUUAACAAGGAUCUAGCCGAUUGCCUGGGUCUGGAUUCAGAUGCUUCAGGCACCAGCGCAUCUCCAAGCCUUAGUGCAUCCCCAGCCCUCUCCGAUGGCAGUGACUUCUUCAAGACACCCCGUGAUAAAAGUACCUACAGGGCCCUUAAUUUUGGGAGUCCAUCAUCAACAGCACAAGGCUUCAGACUUGUCCAGCAGGCCAUUGGAGAUCUCGAUAAGAAGGUGCAGUCCUUGGAGAAGAUGGCAAAUAAAGCAGAGGCAUCGCUGACUAAAAUUCUGUCGUGCGUAUUGCCACCGCUUGAGUCGAACAUAGCAGAGAAUAUCCCUAAGCUUCCGAUGAGCACGAAAGAGGAGGAGCGGAAGAUGAAUGAUCUUCUUAAGAAUAAAGAAGAAUUCAACAAAGUUGUGUCCUUCCUCUUUGGCCUUGGUGGCACUUCUCUUCGAGAUGCUGUUUUUUCAGUGAUGAAGACACUUUUUGUGGAUUCCUUCGCCGCAACGAAAUCUAUGAGGGGAAUUUGCCGUGCUGGAAAGGAGAAGAAGGAUGCCUUUAUGGGCACUUUACUCUUCAAGGCAGUAAUGUGUGCCGUGCGACGUCGAUGGACAGAGUCUACGGUCUCGGAAGUCAUUAAGUUGACAGCUGACUGGCUUAAGGACGCACCGUCCCGUGUUAAGAAGAGGCAGCGGAGGGCGGAGGCCAGGGAGCAGCUGGAGAAGGAGUAUGAUGAAGAAGAGGAUAGCUCCUAGCAACUGCCAACCAAUGUGGAGGACAGGGAGCAGCACCGACGGAGACGAGGAUCUGGGCUCCUAGCGGCGACUUCGAGUCUACGAAGAAGAUUUCAGCUCCCAGCAGUAACUUCAGCAACCUGAGGAGGGUUUUGGACUCUGGCCUGGUGUAACGAUAUCAAUGAAAAUAAAUGUAUUGUGCACUUUACAAGAACCUGUUAAAAACUAUGCAUCAUUUAUGGGUACCAACGAAUGAUUUCCCUUUCUUAGAUAACAUUUUUUAACAUUUAUUUUGAAUGGUUAAAUUUCUAAUCUUUUAUUUCAUUCUGAAUCAUACAUUUAAUUUCAAAUGUUUUCUGAGAUUAGGGAAAUCAUUUUUGUGUUCCUAAAAAUACCUAUCUCUUUCUGAAGAUCAUUCUCGAUCGUAACGUCUUCAUGCGACGUUAUUUUUACGACAGAGAUACUCACCUACCAUUGCUACG